CUUCUUUCACGCGGCGAGAUAUCGGCGGUACCCAUUUAGUACAUGGUGAAAGAACCACUCGCGGCUUUCUAUCGAUCGUUUGACCCAGAAUCGCAGCACUUCGGUUGGUGUCACAGAGCAGCGGUAAGUCGCGGUACUGACAGUGACCUUGGCUCUCUCCGCAAGGAUAUCGCCAGCGUCUUCAGCAAAGAUCGGUGCUUCUUCUUCCUACGAGGUUCUCUUUAGUGCUUGUUCUGCUCGCCGACGGAGGAUACCACAGAGUAAGAUCUCAACAUGAGGCUGUACUUAGUGGCAGCGACGUUGUGCGUACUUGCCUUACACUGCCGAGCUAACCCGAUAACCAUCACCGCAGACUCGGACAAAACUGAGAUCUCUAAAGAUGCCCGAAAAGAUGAGCCUUUAGCUCAGCAGGCUGCUCAAGGCACGCCUCAGCACGCUGAGCAAAAGCCUGAGGUUAGCGACAGUGAUAAACCAGCUCAUCAAGACGGCCAAACUGAAAAAAGCGACGCUUCGAAACAAGAAGAGGAGAAAAAUGAGGUUCCUGUAGCUAAGCCAGCUGAGGAAAAGAAAACUGAAGAGAAGAAAUUAGAUGAGAACAAGAGGAAACAGCGAAAGAUCAAAGGGAGACAGUCGGAGGAUGAAGAAGACGAUGACGAUGACGACGACCUUGACAUCGGCGUAGGAGAUGACGACGACGAUGAUGAUGACGACAGUCCAGCUGAUGACGACGACGACGAUGAGGAUUACUUCGAGAGGCUGUUCGAUGACAUCCUUGGAGGAGGUGAUGACGAUGACGACUACGACGAUGACGAAUCCCCCUCAACAGGCUCCGAACCAGCUGUGGCUGAACAACCCGCCGUCUCAUCCGCCGAAACCGCCUCCGUAUCCGAACUCACACCUUCAGAAGAACUAGAUGCCCAGGAAGCAGCAGAAGGUGUCGCGUCCGCUGGUGAGGUCGUCCAAGACAGCGCGGUCGCCGCCACCAACGACCUCCAGGAGGCAGAGAGCGCGCCUCAAGGUCAGGCCAUUGAGAAUUCGGUAGAGAACAGUGUAGUCACCCCUGCAGCUGCUGAGGUUAACGAUGAGGAAGAUGACGAUGACGAUGAAGACGAUGACGAUGACGCCCUGGCAGGCAUCGCCGACGAGGAAGACGACGACGACGAAGAAGCCGAAGAUGACGAUGACGAAGACGACGAAGACGACGACGAUGACCUGAGUGACGUCAUCUCGGCCAGGAAAAGUAGGAGCAGGAACAGCAGGAAAAUCAAACACAGUAAGAGGGCUAAAAAGGCUACGGUCAAAAAGGCCAAUAGGCGUGUGUGAAUUAGGUGGUUCUUGCUAACGGUGAUGUGUAGUUUCGAUGGUUGUCGAGGUGGAGGGUUAGAUAGUAGAGGUUGGUGGUAGACGAGUGAAGCUGAGGUAGCGCUUGGCUUCGAUAAUGGUUUUCCUUCUGCAUUUGGAGUCUUAAAAGCGGUUUAAAAAGUAAGUAGAAUUCAAAAAUACAGUUAUUUCUACAUUUGCUUCGAAAUUUUUCCAAACGCGAGAUUAUUUUCAAGAAUGUCCAUCGCCUUGUAUCUACAAAAUAAGCAAAACACGUCAAAGAUUAAAAUAAAAUUAUACCCAGCCUUAAGAGAAUAGUAAGCAAAUUUAUUGAUAAACAAAAAACUCAGAAUUUUGAUAUUCGUAUCAAUAACAUCACAAUACCAUGAAUCAUUUUUAACAAAGUUGUAGAGAAUAGAAUAGAUUUUAAGGAGUGUAAAUUCUAGUCACCUCUUUGAAGGUAGGUACGUUUUUAUAUAGUUUAAAUUCCUGUAUUCCAGUUUCAUCAGAAGCUUAGCAGCAACACUCAGUUGCCAUGGUAACCUCCACCAUCGCACUCUCGAUUUAGACAACCAUUUUAGCUGGAUUGUUGAUUUUCUUUCGACCAUAAAUUGUACAAAGUUUCAAACAAAGACUAGAAGGAACAGUGGUAAUUUUUGUUAUAUUAUUAAAUUUUUGACCCUAGGCUUCGUGUAGCUGUUUUUUAUUUGAAGUAUCCAUCAAUUUUUAUUUAAUAUUUGAUAUUAUGUAUUUUUUAUAUCGAUCAACCUGAUAUAACAGUUCAAUUUCCUACUAAAAGAGUAACGUUAGAAUCACAAUUUUUUUCAGAAACACACGAGCUUAGGAUAUUGUUUGCCAGAAUACCACAGAAAAAAGGUAUCAAAAUGCUUGUUCAAAUAAGAAUUCAACAUAAUUAUCUUUGAAAUCAACUUUUGUAUAUCGAAAAAAUGCAAGAAUUGUAAUCUUAAUUUUUGAUUUGAGGAAAGACCUGUUAGAACUCUUUCACGAACAUAUUUAACUGCAAUAUCAGAUUGCUGGUAAUAGAAAAUACGACUCUUAGCAUCUAUUGUAUUCACUUCUAUGAAGUUGUUUGCUAACGAGUCUUGGAUAUGGCCAGUACCGUACUUUUUGAAGAAUAUGGUUUUGUAGAACAGCUGGUUCUUUAUGUUGAAACUAAAACAGUUCACACUAUUCACCUGCUGAAUAAAAACAAAGGUUGAUUCAAACGGUAACGACGAAUUUAAAUUCUAAGCUUGUAAUAAAAUAUUUCAAUAGGCCUUGGAAUGCAUUGUAUAUAUGUAUAGCUGCAUUCCCGUUAUACAAUUCAAAUAUGGCGAUGCGAGUCGACCAGUAUUUGCACUAGAAACCUGCAUACCUCAAGCAUUUUGGCACCGAUACUUCUACGUCAGUAGUAUACUUAUUUAUUUCUGCCUAUUUAUUUAUUUAUUAAAAAA